UGUUGGCCUACAGGGGGUGGCAUGUUACUAUUUACGGCUAGAGUCGCAUAAACUACAGCUCCAAAGUCUUGCUCGCAGGCAUCCAAUUGUGCCUUGGCCCACUUUUGAACGAAAUUCUGCCGCCAUAACACAACUUUAAGCGUGCAGUAGCUUUUCCAUGAGUCAUUGAUUUUGGUCCCUCAGCGCGAUAUGUUUCGCUAAGUCUUUCGCCUGUGUCGCCUUGGUAAACCGUUUAUUUGAAUGCCCAUCGAUGACCCUAACACUUAACGGGUAUGAAAUCGUGCAAAUUGUCCAAGUUCAAAUUAGUGCGAUGAAUGACGUUGGAAAAUGUCAAGAAAAUAAUCUCCUUUCCCUGCGGCCUAAAGCAUCCUCCAAUCACAAGCGACCAGCGCUCAGUUUGACCAAUCCGACGGCAGCUGUGCAGACGCCGGCGCCGCGUCAAAAAAGCUCACAGGCGACGUCACGGGAAAAGCGCUCUGAUCCGAGCAAUUUUGACGGCAAUGGCAUUUUCCCGUGGUUAUUAAUAGUUCCGCCGAGUGAGUCAGUUGGCUGGCAAGCGAGCGGGCGAUGCCGCGUCAUUUUUUUCUCACAAAUAAUCUCAUUUUAUUCUUGAUAACUUCAUUCCUGGCCAUCACUCCCACACCGCUAGAGGCGCCCCGUUUAAACAUUAAUGCCCAGGUUCUCCUCUGCUCGAUAAAUAAGCACUUAAUAAACUGCCACUUAAUAAUUAAUAGCCUCAUUGUGCAUUAUUAAAAAAACAUAAGUCAGUUAGGCGUUUCUUGUUCUGUUUUGCUAAUUAAGCGUGUGGAUGUCUCUUCAAAUUAAAGUGGCCACAUUGGAAUACAAAUAUUCAUUGAAAGAAAUUUCCGCGUCUUUUCCUGAGUGCUUAGAUAACAGUGAGGAAGUUUUAUUCCGAUUGCUUGACUCGUUAUUUUCAAAUUGGUGCCAGGGAAGUAAGUUGACAAACUUCAUUUAGACAAAAGUAAUGCUUGACCCCCUCAAGCCAGAGAAAAAGCAAAAGACAGGGAUUUUGGUGGUUCCACUGUCACAGCAAAGCAACAUUGAGUUGAUUUCUUUUUUUUCCCCUCUCCUCCAACUGAGUAAUUGAGGAGCGUUUUGGAUUGUUGCGCUAGCGUGUCUGCCAGAGAGGCUAAUGUGCUGGAAAGUGACCCGAUGUGUGUUCCAGCCUUCACUGGUGGGGUAAUGAUUUAGAAAACGACAUUUGCUGCUUAACAAGGGAACAAUGCAGUGAAAGAUGGCAUCAAAAUACCGUUUUUUCCCAUGUAUAAUGCGCAAAAUUUAACUAAUUUAUUGUCUGAAAAUCUGGGGUGCGCAUUAUACAUGGAUACAAAAAAAUAUAUAUAUAUAUAUUUUUUUUAAUCCGGAUAUGAUACGGAGACCGCCAUUACAGAUGCGCUUUCUUCUCUGCUGUUCACUUCAAACACGCUCCAUACGAACACAAUGCUCUCGUAUCAGACGCUUGCUCGAUCACCUGCUCGUUUGCUGUCACAAUGUACCCUACACAAAUCCGAAACAUUUCUUCCCUAUUAAGUUUGCUAGCGCAUGCGCAGUGAUACUGACCGGCAGAAUAACAUCCGGUUGUUCCCAAAGAUGAUCUUUUUUCUGAAAUAAUUUUACGUUUACGGACUUAAGUAGGCGUCAAAAUUUGGGUGCGUAUUACACAUGGGUGCAGGCUUUUUUCCAGCAUCAACAUGCCAUUUUUAGGGUGCGUAUUAUUCAUGGGGGCGCAUUAUACAUGGAAAAAAACGGUUGUUAGGCGGCACAUAACAUGUUUUUUUGGCUGAUAGAUUUUUAAAAAUAUAUUCACUAUCAUCAUCACUAUUGCUUUCUCUUAUUUAACUCCUUACCAUUGCACGCCCUGCACUGGGGGGGAAAAAUGGCGCAAUUAAUUAGAAGAAAAUGGCUCAACUCUCGAUUUAAUGCCCGUCGGCCGCUCUUACUUGAACAUGCUGCUGCGGGAAGUAGUCUAAGUAAAGCGUGGAAAAUCACUUUGCAACGUGUGAAAUGAUCUAAUUGGCAUGAGUUAAUGUGAAUGAACACACGCACGCUAAAAUUAGAGUGCUCGCCGGAAGGAACACUCGGCUGCCCGUCCAGACAGGGCAUGCUUGCGUCAAGGCAAGCUUGGUUCUUCUGUGUAAACACAUAAACAAAAAAUUGGAACGCUAUCCAAUGACGAGUCUAAAUAAACACUUUACAAAGUGUGUUUAGCAAUUUGGAUAAACAUUUGACAUAAUAUACAACAAGCUGCUAGCUACUCUGACACCGCCUACUUUGGCUCUGCGUUUGCAUUGUCAUGGCUCGCCUUUGGCUGCUGUGGCCUCUGCGUGUCAAAAGAGAGAAAUAAGAAGAGGGUGAGGGAGGAAGUGGCGUGCGUCUCUUGACAGGAACGAGACUGUGCCUUUAAUCACGGCGGCCAUUUGUGCUGUCAGCACUAGGGGUGUAAAUUGCGGGGUUUGUCACGAUUCGAAAUCAUAUCGAUACACAGAAUCCCGAUACGGUAUUUGCCGAUAUCUUAAAGCCUGCUGUGAUUCAUUCACGAUACAUCGCGAUAUAGUGCUCUUCGAUCGAUAUAUAUAUAUUUUCUUAAAUAAAAAAUAUAGAACGUGAUUUAUAACAAUUCAUCCGCAAAAUCAACAAGGUACUGCAAACUCUUUAUUUAGGAAAUUACAAGAGUAUUGUAGUAUACAAAGUGCUUAUAUUAACACUGAACUUUGAUGGUGUGCUUUUUACUUUAAAUAUAAAUAUAGAGAUUUGUGGUCCCUGAAUAUUUGAUCACCGCAUGGCAGGAUUUACAAAUUGCACGUGUCUGGUCCGUUGAGCCAUCUUUUCUUUGGAAUCCAAAGUGCUUCCAAACGAAUGACUUGAAGCCUAAAGGGGAGCAAAAUUCCUAGUCUUUUUGGACACUAGCCAUAGCACCAGCCCAGGAGCCGCGUACUAGUUGUCGAGUCCCCUUUCACGUGGCUGCUCUGCUCACAACACAACACGCCACUCACUGCUCCCGGAAAGAGGAAGCAAGUAACAAUGAACUGGAUUUCAAAAUAAAGUCUCGUCUAAUGUCCGAGGUCAAACACUGCGAUAAAAAUCGAUGUUUACCUUUAGCAUCAAUGCCAAUAAAUCGUAGAGCAUUAUAUCGAUGAAUCGAUGUGUAUCGCUGAAUCGUUACACCCCUAGUCAGCACACAAAAAAAAGUCGCAGGGUGAAGAGACAGUAUAUUGACACACAAGGCAGGGGUGUAUGGACUUGUGCAGGCAAAAGGUGACGGCACGCAAGUCGUUGACCUAUUUGUAAAAGUCACCGGCUACUGUUCUUCUUCUUGGUCAGCUUGUGUGCCUGGCUGAUGACUCACCGUUUUGUGAUUCAGCUGAUAACUCCCGGUGCUUUUUAUUUUCUUCUUCUCCUCACCUCUGCUGCAAAUACGGAGAAAUGCACAAAGGUCAGAUUUUAUAUUCAAGAUGGCAUAAAAAAUUGUCCAAAAAUGAAGCUCUAUGCUACAUACUUUUAUUGUGUUUGAAGAUAUGGUAUUUCCAUUUUUGCAAAGCUACUUAAACUGGCUUGUUUACUCUGAGGUCAAGGUUAUGCGAAGGAAGUGGACGGGCCAAUCGAAAGCCUUCUCGUAAAAUGGCCAAUUUAAAAGGCUGGACGCUAAAAACACGUCAUUAGAGCUUCGUCGCGUUCAAGCGUCAGUAAAGUCCACUAAAUGCUUCGUAUUGGACUCAAUAAUAUCUUGGAUUAUGGGAGGCUCUGGCUGGCUGGCUAGCCAACAUAAUGCAGUGCUGCCGCAUAAAACAAGUGUGUGGUGAAGGGAGGGCUGUGAGAACGGGGAUGGUGGCUUGGCGGCAACAAGGAGAAAAGAGUGUUUAUCAGCAAAAGGCAGCAUGCGUUUGCCACUUCCAUCUCAGAGUAAUCCCGCCCGCAGCGUCUGCCGAGAUCUCAAACGGCACACGGGAGCACAACGCUAUUCGUAUGAUGCCACGUGCAUGCACACACACACACGUAGACACACUAUCCUGAGGGGUGUGUGCUUCCACUUGCACAUAAGAUGAUGGUCCUACAGGAUCAUUCAUUGUAGUGGUUGAGUAAUAUGACCUUUUAUCCAAAUAAUACACUUAUGCGCCCAAUAGCUUAAAUAGAGGCACACAUGUAUGUGAAAGUUUUUCACUCAUGGAACCUUAGAAAGACGCCUUCUUUACGAGGACUGGCCAAUCUUUCACUGGAGCACAUAAGAGGAAGCACGUAUUGGUCACUGGCGGCACUAGGAUUUUUUUUUUCCCCAGAGGGGGGGCCAAGGGGCAGUGGUCAAGGAAAGGUUGAGGGUCCGUAAAAGAAAUGUUCCCCAGCCCUGAUUUGUCAACGCCAUCCGAACAAAAUGAAAAACAUCAAACAAUGAAAGUCUUGAGGCGCAAGAUUGUAACCUUCCCUCUCAGGAAAACUCGAUUCAUUAAAUUUUAUUGUCAGCUCAUUCAGCGUGCACUGUGGGAAUUCAUUCAAGGUAUAUAUAUAUAUCUAUAUGUAUAAACAAAGCUUUACAAAAAAAAAGUCCGACUGUCUUGUUCUAGCCCAAAGAGAGUAGGGAACGCUUGCCUCGAGUCAUAUUGCUCACAUCUUGACAGUCGCUUUGAGCCAGCUGACACUUUUUGCUCGUCUCAUCAAAUCAUGAGUAACUUUAGUGAAUGAAUUAGUUUGUCUGUUGAACAUGAAGAGAAAAAAGUAGCAAAGAAGUCGUCAGUGUGGACUAAUUUGCCCACCUACGCUACGCUCUGUCCAAAAUAUUGAGUGGAAUGCAAACGAGCGAGCACUUUUCAUGGCAAUUUUCGAGGACGUGGCUGCUUAAGCGUGUCGGAGCUUUUGAUUAUACUUUGUUCUAAUUGCGUAGCCGUCAAUCACCAGGCGUGUACUUGUGGAAUUAAUUAGCUCCUGCAAACACUGCAGAGGUCAAACAGAGAGCCUGUCCCACGCAUGUUUUUCUCAAGAUGGAGACUUGAAUUGUGGAAAUUGUUUAUGGGACAUGCAGGGAGCCUCCCCCGACCACUCUCAUUCCGGUGCCGCUCCUCUCUGCCUCCCUGGACCUUAGCCGUUCCAUUUGAUGUUUGAUUUAGUCAUUGAUUAUUUACGUGGAGGAGAUGAUCCAAACAGUCUGCUUCGUCAAACUCCUUACUUCUGGACUAAAUUGCCCUUUGGGACUUUUGUAAGCUCACGGAAACAACAACCAUGUCUUCGAAUUCAAAACAGAGAGUCCUGAUCGUAAAGGACAACAAUGGCGGACAUCUGGUCGGAUUCAUUAAAAGCUGAUUUUUCCUGGCAAAAGCUUCUGCUGCUGCCAGCCAGAGGAAAGACCCUGGCUCCGGGCCAUGACAAAGGACACGGAAGCUCCUUUCCAGCUCUGGCAGAAGCAACCCCAUCAAGAAAAAGGCCUAUGUAGCCUUAAGUGGGAAUUAGCAGCUGUUGGAUGGGUUCACAUCUUCUUCUCUCACCCCACUUCCACUCUAAAUGCUUUCAAAUGGAAUGGUUGCAUCAUAAAGCAAUGUAUCUGCCAUCAUACGCUUUUAAUACCACGUGGAUUGUGCAAGCUUACUAGGAGUGUCCGAAAUGGGAUUGAUGCAACUGGCUUGCUUUUUGCCUCAUUUUUGGGGAAAUUAAUACUUCUUUGAGGAUUUUAAGCUCAAAGAUUUACCACUUGCAGGGCAUAUUUUCUUAAUGAUCUUUGCUUUUAUAUAUACUUUUUUUUUUUUCAUUCGACACACACACAUUGUCCUUUGACGACAACAGUGUGUGCGGGAUUCCUUCCCAAAGAGUUGCUGAACAACACGACAUGAUGUGAGCUGGGAAAACCUGCGUGGGAUUCCCAUCUGUUCAGCACCAAAGUCAUGGCUGCCGUCCAUUUUGCAAAAGAAUUUCAAAACACUACCUUCUAACUUAACGUGACUAUUUUUGAAUUACUUCAACAUGAUUGGAAUAUUAACACAUUUCUGAUCAAUUAUCGUCGGCCAGCAGCUUUAUUGAUCUUGGUGCCGUACUUUGACUUUGACUUUUGAGACUGAAUAUGAAGUUAGUAUGCAUAUUAUUGUUUUUUUUAUUUAUUUUUAUUUAUUUAAAAAAAAUUUUUUUUUGGAGACCUUGGCACAGAACCUUGCAAAGGGUUCCCUUGAGCGGAUGCAGAUAUUUCCUUUUUAAUUUUAGUCCAUUAAUUCCACAGACAUCAAAGCGAAGCCAUUGCUGAAAGUAGCUGUUCUUUUCUCAUUAAAUUCAUGAAAUAUGAAUUGGAACUUGCUGAAAGAAUCAAUCGGCAUCAGUAUUAUUGCGCUCUUUAUCUCGCGCUCUAUUUCUCCAUCCAAUCUAUCACAUCCAAAAUAAAUGUGAUGGGUCACAUGACUCACCUGCCCGGUUUGGAUGCUGGAAAAGCGAAAGGGCGCAUCAGCCGCAUCCAGGCUCACUGGCCGCCUCUGGCUGAUGCCCCCCCUCCCCAUCCCCAUCCUCUUCUCCCCUCCCCUCCCGCUCUGCCUCCCUCCCUCCCUCUCUCAUUUUGGUGGCGCUGUGCGCAAAGCUCCAGCGCCGGACUGGACGCAGUUUUGACGGUCCAGAACGCUGGUGGAGAUUUCUAAAGGAGCAAGAAGGAUGAUUUCUCUCCUUCAAUGUAGAUGUUGCCCCGCGGGCUGUUGAAGGCGAAGCCGCUGCUUCAAAUGUCUCCAAUCAGUUUGUAAGGGACACAAGAUGAGGAUUUCUUCUGGCCGCUGCUUUUUGUUGACAUUUGGGUGCUUGUGGGGACUGGCGCUGGCUGCUUUCCCCAGCAGCGUCCAGAUCGGCGGCUUGUUCAUCCGAAACACGGAUCAGGAGUACACUGCCUUUCGCUUGGCCAUCUUUCUGCACAACACCAGCCCCAAUGCCUCCGAAGCGCCCUUCAACCUGGUGCCUCACGUGGACAACAUCGAGACGGCAAACAGCUUCGCCGUCACCAACGCCUUUUGCUCCCAGUACUCCCGAGGUGUCUUCGCCAUCUUCGGCCUCUACGAUAAGCGCUCGGUCCACACGUUGACGUCCUUCUGCAGCGCACUGCACAUCUCCCUCAUCACGCCCAGCUUCCCCACCGAGGGCGAGAGCCAGUUCACCCUGCAACUCCGGCCGUCCAUCCGGGGGGCGCUCUUGUCCUUGUUGGACCACUACGACUGGAACAAGUUUGUCUUUCUCUACGACACUGAUCGGGGCUACGCCAUCUUGCAGGCCAUCAUGGAGAGGGCGGGACAAAACAACUGGCAGGUGAGCGCCAUCUGCGUGGAAAACUUCAACGACGCCAACUACCGACGCCUCCUGGAAGACCUGGACCGGCGGCAGGAGAAGAAGUUUGUGAUCGACCUGGAGGCUGAGAGGCUGCAGAACAUGCUGGAACAGAUUGUCAGCGUUGGAAAACACGUCAAAGGCUACCACUACAUCAUGGCCAACCUGGGUUUCAAGGACAUCAAUCUGGAGCGCUUCAUGCAUGGCGGCGCCAACGUGACGGGUUUCCAGCUGGUGGACUUCAGCAAUCCCAUGGUUAUCAAAUUGAUGCAGCGCUGGAACAAGCUGGAUCAAAGAGAGUACCCGGGAUCUGAUGCGCCGCCUAAGUACACUUCGGCAUUGACGUACGACGGCGUGAUGGUGAUGGCCGAGGCGUUCAGGAACCUGCGCAGGCAAAAGGUGGACAUUUCCCGCCGGGGGAACGCCGGGGAUUGCCUGGCCAACCCCGCCGCCCCGUGGAACCAGGGCAUGGAUAUGGAGCGUACUCUCAAACAGGUGCGGCUACAGGGAUUAACAGGUAAUGUCCAGUUUGACCACUAUGGCCGCAGGGUCAACUACACGAUGGACGUGUUUGAGCUGAAGAAUAAUGGACCCAGACGGAUCGGCUACUGGAACGACGGCGACAAACUGGUGCUGAUCCAGGACUCGCCGCUCUUCCCCAACGACACGUCUGGCAUGGAGAACCGCACGGUGGUGGUCACCACCAUCAUGGAGGGUCCCUACGUGAUGCUCAAGAAGAACUGGGAGAUGUACGAGGGCAACGACCAGUACGAAGGCUACUGCGUGGACCUGGCCUCCGAAAUUGCCAAACACAUCGGCAUCAAGUACAAGAUCUCCAUCGUGCCCGACGGCAAGUACGGCGCCCGGGACCCGGAGACUAAGAUCUGGAACGGCAUGGUCGGGGAGCUGGUGUACGGGAAAGCGGAAAUCGCUGUGGCCCCUUUGACAAUCACGUUGGUCCGGGAGGAGGUGAUCGACUUCUCCAAGCCCUUCAUGUCUCUGGGCAUUUCCAUCAUGAUCAAAAAGCCCCAAAAAUCAAAACCGGGGGUCUUCUCCUUCCUGGACCCGUUGGCCUACGAGAUCUGGAUGUGCAUCGUGUUCGCCUACAUCGGCGUGAGCGUGGUGCUCUUCCUGGUCAGCCGCUUCAGCCCGUACGAGUGGCACACCGAGGAGCCCGAAGAGGGCACCGACGGUCCGCCUAGCGACCAGCCCCCCAAUGAGUUUGGCAUCUUCAACUCCCUCUGGUUCUCCCUGGGCGCCUUCAUGCAACAGGGCUGCGACAUCUCGCCCAGGUCGUUAUCCGGUCGGAUCGUGGGCGGGGUGUGGUGGUUCUUCACUCUCAUCAUCAUCUCGUCCUACACGGCCAACCUGGCUGCUUUCCUCACUGUGGAGAGGAUGGUGUCGCCCAUCGAGAGCGCCGAGGACCUGGCCAAGCAGACGGACAUCGCCUACGGCACUUUGGACUCGGGCUCCACCAAGGAGUUCUUCAGGCGCUCCAAAAUCGCCGUCUACGAGAAGAUGUGGGGCUACAUGAAGUCGGCCGAGCCCACCGUCUUCACCAAGACCACGGCGGAAGGUGUUGCGCGCGUGCGCAAGUCCAAGGGGAAGUACGCCUUCCUGCUGGAGUCCACCAUGAACGAGUACACGGAGCAACGCAAGCCCUGCGACACCAUGAAAGUGGGCGGGAACCUGGACUCCAAAGGCUACGGCGUAGCCACGCCCAAGGGUUCACAGUUAAGAAGCGCCGUUAACCUGGCCGUGUUAAAGCUCAAUGAGCAGGGCCUCUUGGACAAAUUGAAAAACAAGUGGUGGUACGACAAAGGAGAGUGUGGAAGCGGCGGCGGCGGCGAGAAGGACAAAUCAUCGCAGGCCCUCAGCCUGAGCAACGUAGCAGGGGUCUUCUACAUCCUGGUUGGGGGCCUGGGCCUGGCCAUGCUGGUGGCCCUCAUCGAGUUCUGCUACAAGUCCCGCAACGAGGCCAAGAGAAUGAAGCUGACAUUUACCGAAGCCAUGAGGAACAAGGCCCGCCUGUCCAUCACAGGCAGCGUAGGCGAGAACGGCCGCGUGCUAACGCCCGACUGCCCCAAGGCCGUCCAUGCCGGGCCACCCCUCCGCCAGAGCUCGGGCCUCGCCCUCGUCUCCUCGGAGCUCCCGUGAAAGCCAAAAACCUCUUAAGUGCCUUAAAUUUCCAGGAGCGGGGUGCCUCACGACCACCCGGGAACACUGUUCGAGGUUUUUGCUUCAAACUAGUAGCAACACUGUUUCAAUCCCAAUGGGGGCCCAGAUGCACUCCAGGGUGGGGACACCUGGGAUAUGAUAUCAUUAUGAAUAAAGAAAACUGCUUUUUGGUUCGUUUUACCAGGACAAGCCGUUCCAAGGACUCGAUAUCAACAACUGGGAAACGGUGUCCAAUUUCAGAUUUGUAUCCAUAGUACAAAUAAUUAAAAAAAAACUAUUGAUAAUGAAUAUAGGAAACUGUGAACAUACAAUGUAUAUUGAGUUAGGUGUACAGAAGCUUGCUUGCUUUUUAAACCAUGUACAAAAGAUUGUGUAGUGUCCACAUUUGUUUUGUUUUUUUCUAAUGGCAAUAAUGACAAAAAGGUAGCUGCCUCAUGUUAAUUGAUUUCAAAGAGGAAUGUCCACCCCCCUUCUCCUUAAACCCACACUGUGUAGAAUUAAAAAAAAAAAAGAACGAAGAACAUGUGGGGUGGGAAUAUAACUAUUUUUUUCAUUCUUUAAUCUAUUUUUUCUACAAAAAGUGAACAGAUUAAAAAGAAAAAAUCAAGUGUUAA